GUUUCUCACAUUAGCUAUCACUCACAACCGCUUGAUGGGAAUUUGAUUCAGUCUGAACAAAGGGAUUCGUCUCCGAUGUUCCUUUAUUGAUCCAUCGCCUAACAAGAAAAAUGGAUUUGAGGCCUAAAGGAUCUGCUGUUUUUUUCGUUCUCCUGGUUCUUUUCUCACUCGGCAAGUUCAGCGAAGCGCAAAACCUUUGCUCGGUGCCAGGUAAUUUGCCGUUAAUUCUUGUUUUGGAAAACAACAAAAUUGGAGACGUAGUUACGGAGCUCAUUGUUCAGGAUGGGGUGAUGGCCAGUAUCACUAGUCAAGAUCCAGAGGGUUUCUUCAGCAUCAGGGAAAACAAUCUCGUUGCUGAAACUGUGCUGGACUAUGAGACAUUUAACCCGGAUAAACCCCACGAGGUGAAUAUUGCGUGUACAAAACCUGGCUCUUCCUUUACCCUGAAUGUGAAAAUAGCUGUUGAGGAUGUAAAUGAUAACCCACCGGUAUUUACACAGAGUCAAUACUCGCUAAAAGUCGAUGAGUUAUCGAAAGUGGAUACCAGCGUUGGCCUAAUCACAGCAACCGAUCCUGAUAAAAAUGAUAGACUCUACUACCAGCUCGAUUCUCCUGAGGGAGAAUUUGCCCUGGAGACCAGUUUCAAUCCAAACAUCCUGGUUAAGACACUUCUGGAUUAUGACAAAGUUAAAGAAGUCACAAUGACGCUAUACGUGCAGGACACACCGAUUGGAUCUACGGCUGAAGUUUCCCACACUGCCUCAACCACUGUUGUAGUCAGUAUCAUAGACAUUGACAAUCGUCCACCGUGGUUCCAGCCAUGCACAGAAACCGAGUUUGGCACAAGCAAAGUGUGUGUGAGCUCUGGUUAUGAAGGGAACGUGCCCUUAAAUGAACAAAUGACAGAUCCUUUGUCCUUGAAGCCAGGUCCGCUCAUGGCCAUUGAUGGUGACAAAGGCAGGAACGAGCCCAUUGGUUACGCAUUUCUUGCAGGAAAUGAGAAUAACAUAUUUAAAAUCGACUCUGACACCGGAAGCAUCACAAUGCAACGACCAGUAGAUGUGUCAGGACCAAUUGUCCUUACAGUCAUGGCAUUUCAGAAAGAGAACGCUGAUCAGUUUGCCACCACUACAGUCAUCCUGACUGUGGUGAUAACCAGCAAGUUCCCUCCAACAUUUGUGAAGUCCAGUUAUGAAGGCUUUAUCUCAGAGGAUGCGGGGGUGGACAGCCUGGUCCUGGAGAGCAAAACAUCCAACAGACCCCUCAGAGUACAGGCCACAGACGAAGACUUUUCUAAUGGCUAUAAUCCUAACCUCAGAUUUGAGAUUGUUGAUGGCGCUGACUUCUCAAUCACUCCAGAGGGUUUCAUACUCAUGGCAUCGACGGUUUCCCAAGGCACUGUAAAUUUAGAAAUGAGGGUGGUUGACACAACCAAUGACGAAUCAAGCACUGCUUCUCUCACGGUUGAGGUCACUCCAGGGGUUCCCACUACCACUCCUGCUACCACUAUCGUGACUUCUCCCGUUAUCACAACAGAUAGCACUGCUAACACAAAUCUAACAGACAUCAGCACUGCCACCUCGCACCCAGGCGUCACCACAACUACGCCCCUCGCCCCCACCACAGGGGGACAGCCGCUGAAGACAGGUGAGUUCAGUUCGGGCGAUAUGGCGGCAGUAGGGGCCUCUCUGGCCGUGGUUAUCGUUCUCUGCUUGGUUUGCAUUGGACUGAUGGUGCACCGCAUCAAGGGCCAUAACGCAGACUGGAAGAAGCUCUCUGAAGCUAGUGUCUUCCGGAGCACGCUCGGUGGAGGCUCAGGUGGUCCUAAAGAGGGUGUGCAGUACAGUAAUGAGGGCUUCCAGCACGAUGAUGAUUCUGGGAGUCUGAACAGCAAGUUAGCUGCAGACCUGGAGAACAAACUGGAGUCCGGACUCAAGCCGCAGCAGAGACGCGGGUCAGAGCAGAAGACGAUGACCCCCAGCGCCGUUCUCCAGACCACCAGCAGUCCUCCACCCGACACCAGCAGCCUGGCAGAAACCAUCGACAGCGAGAAGGAAGUCAAACCGAUCCUGACCAAAGAGCGGCGCAAUGAGGAGGGCUACAAAGCCGUUUGGUUCAAGCAAGAUAUUGACCCCAACACCAAAGAGGAAGUGGUGAUCAUUCCCGACACCGGUGAAGUGGAUGGAGACCAUGAGGAAGAUGAUGACAGCGAGAGUGAAAACAGGUCUGGCCUGGAUUCUGAUGAUGACGAAGGACUGACGUCAGACUUGUAGACUGUUCCUCCGCAAGGACUUGAGUUGAGCUCAAAUGUAAGACACUUUAGUAUAGUGGGAACUUCCUUAUAAGUUAGUUCAUUUAUGUUUCCUUUGUCAUAUUCCUUACUAGCGCUGGGUAUCGUUUCAAAUUUUUCCAUACAGAUAGCCGAUAUCCCAUAACCGAUAACAAACCGAUAUCUUUGUUUCGCGUAGUCUGAAAGUUCGGAAAACACAAGGACUUAAGUUGAACUAAGUGUUAGAAACUUUAGCACAGUAGGAACUUUAAAAGAUUAAUUUAUGUGUUUUUACAAAUGUUUUUCUUUGUCAUAUUCCUGGAUAUCGUUGAAAAAAAACUAUUCCAUACCGAUAUCGGUACUUAAAUUAUACUUUUUUCGAUGCCAGUUUACAAAGUUUAUUUUGACAAGAUUACAUUAUCUCUAUAUAUGACUUUGCUUUUAUUUUUCAACUUGUUGACGUUGAUACAUACUCAAGGACUGUCACUGCCCAAAGGAACAAAAUGUAACCAACACAAUAAAUCAGUGCAAAUACUUUCA